UUUCCUUCUAUAUGCGUUUUAUCUGAAUUCGAAUUCAUCUUUUCAAAGCAAUUCCUUAAUUAUAUAAGUUGUCUAUUUUGAAAUUUUAAUCGAUUAAUUGUUGCUACAUCUUAUAAGAUUUGAGUCUCGUCUUUUUCUAUAAAAACCUAGCUUUCGGUUUCAAUUUUAGUUCAAAUCCAGAAACAAUUCAUCGAAAACAUUAGUUAAGGAGAUAAUUUGAACAAUGGAAUUGUUCAAUGAUGUGAAGAGCAAUUGAUAUAUAUAAGUCGGUGACAAAGGAAUCAUGGCAAAGCAUCAUCCUGAUUUGAUUAUGUGUAGGAAGCAGCCUGGGAUUGCAAUUGGUCGGUUGUGUGAGAAGUGCGAUGGGAAGUGUGUGAUAUGUGAUUCAUAUGUGCGUCCUUGCACACUUGUUCGGGCUUGUGAUGAAUGCAAUUAUGGAUCGUUCCAGGGUCGGUGUGUGAUUUGUGGAGGUGUGGGUAUCUCUGAUGCCUACUACUGCAAAGAGUGUACUCAGCAGGAGAAGGACCGUGAUGGCUGUCCAAAGAUUGUUAAUUUGGGGAGUGCUAAAACUGAUCUCUUCUAUGAGCGCAAGAAAUAUGGUUUUAAGCAAAGAUAGGGUGGAUACUAUCGGGGAGAUGUUCUGUCUUUUAAUGAUGUUUUGUAUUACUUAUAGUAUGGUGUUCAAACUUCUAUCUUAUACUGAAUCACUAUCUAUAAACAUUUUAAUGAGUUUUCAUUAUUCUGAGAUUUGUUGGUAGAUCAAGAAACAUGGGCAUGCCAGAGCUAGUCUGAGAUGUCCCCAGGUCGACAUUUCUUGUAAUUCGUAAUAGUUGUUAUGAAAUUAAGAGUUUCAGCAUUUUGUCGCGUA